AUGGAAGGGAGCAAAAGCAGCAUCCAUGCUGCACCUGUUACUGUCCCUCCCAUGCAGACAGAUGAGAGCAACAGGAUUGCCAUCAUCAUCUCCCCAAGGGCUGGGAGCUCCAAGAUCCUUCCUUUCGAGCUUGUCAAUGAUGCUGCCGCCAAUGCCGGCUCGCAACGGCAUGCUGGUCCUGCAGAAUCCACUCCUGAAGCUCAUCAUCAUCAUCAUCUGUGGCAUCCAGGCCUCCCAAAGAUCAAACCACCAGUUCCCCUUGUCAAGAAGGUGAGUGCAGAGUUCUUUGGCACAUUCACACUGAUCUUCACAGUGCUGUCAACCAUCAUCAUGGAUGAGCAGCACAAAGGUGUGGAGAGCCUCCUGGGCAUCGCAACAUCUGCAGGAUUAGCAGUCACUGUGCUAGUUCUGUCCCUCAUCCACAUAUCAGGCUGCCAUCUGAACCCGGCUGUCAGCAUCGCCAUGACUGUCUUUGGUCAUCUUCCUCCUGCUCACCUUCUUCCCUACAUGGCUGCACAAAUUCUCGGCUCCAUCGGCGCAUCGUUCGCCGUCAAAGGACUGUAUCAUCCGGUGAACCCCGGGAUCGUCACUGUGCCCAAGGUUGGGACAGUGGAAGCGUUCUUCCUGGAGUUCGUCACAACGUUUGUCCUUCUGUUCAUCAUCACUGCUCUUGCCACUGACCCCAAUGCAGUUAAAGAGUUGAUAGCAGUGGCAGUAGGAGCAACAAUCAUGAUGAACGCUCUUGUCGCAGGGCCAUCGACAGGAGCAUCAAUGAAUCCAGCAAGAACAAUUGGCCCGGCCAUUGCUACUGGGAGAUACACACAGAUUUGGGUUUACAUGGUUGCUACUCCACUGGGUGCUAUAGCUGGAGAAGGGUUUUAUUUUGCAAUCAAGCUGUAA